AUGGCUAUCACACUCGUCCACACACACGCCACAAACGCACGCAAAACCCGUUACCUCUUGCGAGACAACGUGGACGGCAAGAUCUGGUGGGGCUACUCUACGCGCCCAGAAUCCGAAAUCAGGAACACUCCCCCAGAACAGCUUCCGCGAUGCGGAAUCCUCGAUGCGGACGCGCUCUUCACAAAACUCACACCAAGCAUGACCCGCUAUCGCGGCCCUCUCGACAGCCCAUCCGUCUUCAUCAAAUACCACAACUUCAUCCGGUACGACACCUUCGAAGACGAAACCGCCCAGGUCGACAUCAAGGCGACCCAAAAGCGCGAGAUCUGGGCUGCGCAGAAGUACCAGAGCGCACCACACCCCAACAUCUGCGAGUACAUGGGCGUAGUGACGGACGUGAAGCAGCGGGUGAUAGCUACGGUGUAUCGGCGCUUCCACAUGGAUCUCUGGACUUUGGUGGUGAGAACGAGUUUCCUGAAGCAAUUGGCUUCACGGCCAGCGAAUGCACCGCCACAGCUACUCAAUCCUGAGUAUAUCGUGUCCGCGAUCAAAUCCGGCAUGAACCACAUCCACAGUAUCGGUCUCGUGCACUGCGACAUCAGGCCCGAAAACGUCUUCAUCGACACCGACACCGGACAAGUGGUGAUUGGUGACUUCGACGGCACGAAUACGCCUGGACAGAAACUGUGCGGCCGUCAUGCAGUGAGGGCGACGGAGCACACAGAGGGCAAGAUAGUGGAUGUGCGUAUCGAUGUUGGACUCGUUGCGGACAUCGAGAAGUGGUUCGAGGAGGGCAAGAGGCGCGUGGCCGGUUAA